AUAUACGUUCAAAUAGUUGAUUCGUAAGAGAGCUAUAAUAAGAGGUAUGUGUGUGCGCGCGUGUGUGUAUGCAUCGACUCACCGAUCGUCGACUGUCGAGCGUCGAAGAAAGGGAGUCGCGCUGCGAAUUGUGGUGUAGGAUUCAGUAGUGGUAGUAGGAGAGGUAGCGACUAGCGAGCGCAGCCCGAAUUCCAUAAAUUUUCAACUGGCUGCUCAAGUGUGUAGUUUCGUGGCGUGCAUCAGUGAGAUUUUAACGGCCGUCUUGGAUAGCGCUAAGCGCGCACCUUGUCCCGAGUCGCCAACAUACUCGCACACCCGCACUGUUAUAUAUAUAGAUAGAUAUAUACACAUAACGCAGGGGCUGGUGUAGUCAGUCGCGACUCGCGAGUGUAGUCGAGCUGACCGCACUACCAUAGUGUCAGUUAGUAUUAUUUUACAUAAGACAGCAUGAAGCAAGAUUCCUGACCAAGGCUCGAUCAACGUCAACGGCGUCGUUUCGACUCCACGCAGCGAUCGCGAAUAUUCUCCGUUGCGCCAAGUAGCAACCUGUGAUCUGUAUGCCUGCGAGCAUAAUCGACACUUAUAGCAGUAGCGCUAGUGCGUGCAGUUGUCGUGAUUUCGUGUGUUGUUGUUGUUAUUGUUGUUGCGAGGGCAGUUCAGCUGCAGCAACGACGUCCGAGAGAGACCGAUACGUUAGACAGACGAGAGGAAGGUGUCAUUACACAUCAACAGUAUGAUACUGAGGUAUAGUCAUCGGCCGAGUCCGAUGAUCGCGACGACGCUUUUGCUGCCGCUGCUCGGCUUUUUGCUCUUGGCCCAGCAAACACAGAUAACGAGCGCGGCGACGAGCAGCAGCGGCGAUGGCCACUGCGUCUGGUACAGCGAGUGCGCCGGACCCUCGGGCGAUCCGCGCAAGAAAAACUGCCCCUACAGCGGCCCGGCCAAGGAGCUCGAGGACGAGGCGUCCCGCGCCAUACUCAACAAGUACUGUCCGCAUCUCGUGCCAAAGGAUGGAAUGCCGAGAACCUGCUGCGACAGCAAGCAGCUGACGACCCUCGACGCGCAAAUCAUUCAAGCGUCCAAUUUGCUCCAGCGGUGUCCGAGCUGCCUAUCCAACUUCCUCAAGCAGAUAUGCGAGUUCACCUGCAGCCCCGAGCAGUCGAAAUUCGUCAACGUCACGAGCAUCCAGAGCAACGAUAAUAACGGAUCCUACAUCGCUGGCAUUCAAGUGUACUUCACGCCCGAAUAUCUCAAUGGCACCUACGACUCGUGCAAACGAGUUCAGAUGCCCAGCAGUGGCCAGGUGGUCAUGGAUCUCAUGUGCGGCGAAUACGGCUCGUCUCGAUGCACCCCCAUGAAAUGGUUCGGCAGUAUGGGCGACGCCAACAGUCCCUUCGUGCCGUUCCAAAUCGAUUAUGUGGCGAGCGACCAGCCGAUCGGGCCUUUCGAGCCCAGAAAUCCAGUUGUGACGCCUUGCAAUCAGGCUAUCAACGAUGAUUCACCGGCCUGUAGUUGCGUGGACUGUCAAGCAAGCUGUCCGGUACCACCGCCGCUGCCACCGCUACCCGAGCCUUUUAAAUUGUUGGGUGGCGAUGGAUACGCUGUUAUCAUGACGGUUGUUUUCAUUCUGGGCAGUGGUAUUUUCAUUGUGUCGCAUGUCUGCUUUAACAAUCGAAAGAAAAUCGGAGAAUCACUUGCACGAGGUGAGGAAGUAGGACGACAGGUUGGUAGGAGACUAGCAGCUGGACUGCAUCAUUCAGGGGAUGGUGCUCGUAUAGCUCUCGCAGCCGACCAAGAAGAUAGUCCACUACAAUCAAAACGUUCCAGCGUCAUUUCAGCGGACGAUUUACCUACUAAUCUGCGAGAAGAAGAAAGCUCGACCUUCAUCGAACGACUGGGAGCCAACACUGACAAGUACUUGCAAAAAAUUUUCUGCCGCUGGGGUGUUGUAUGCGCGAGCAAUCCAUGGAUGGUACUGCUGUGUGGUUUUGCCGUCGUUGUCUGCCUCGGAAUGGGCAUCAAAUUUCUUCACGUUACCACUGAUCCAGUGGAACUAUGGGCAUCUCCUUUAUCGAGAUCGCGCGUUGAGCGCUCGUACUUCGACUCCCACUUCGAACCUUUCUAUAGGACCGAGCAGAUCAUCAUCACGUCCGUUAACCUGCCACCGAUCAAACACGUGACUUCGAAUGGCAACGUGACCUUCGGCCCUGUGUUCAAUGCUACUUUUCUCAAGACAGUAUUGGAGCUUCAAGAAAGUAUAAAAGCUAUCAAAACACCUAACAAUUAUACGUUGGCUGACGUUUGUUUUGCGCCACUUCAUGCAUCUUAUACCGGACCACCGACCACUUCUCAGUGUGUCGUACAAAGCAUCUGGGGUUACUGGCAGGACGACGUUGACAACUUUGAUGCGGCAACCCUCGAUGAAAAUAAUAACACUCUUAACUACUUGGACUUUUUCAAAGAUUGUACUCAAAACCCUUACAGCGUUUCAUGUCUUGCUCAAUACGGUGGACCAAUUGAACCAGCUAUUGCCGUUGGUGGCUUUACUAAACCCGGCGAAAAUUUACGCAACCCACCUUAUGAAAAAGCCACGGCCAUCAUACUGACGUUCCUGGUCAACAAUCAUCACGACAAGGCAAAAUUAGUACCGGCUAUGGAAUGGGAAGAAAACUACGUUUCAUUCAUGAAGAACUGGGUAGAAAAGAAAAAACCUGAAUAUAUGGAUUUGGCCUUCACGUCCGAACGUUCGAUAGAAGAUGAACUUGACCGGGAAUCUUCAUCGGACGUCGUCACCAUCCUGAUAUCCUACCUCAUCAUGUUUGUCUACAUCGCCGUCUCACUUGGACAAUGGAAAUCCUUCAAAACAUUUAUGGUUGACUCGAAAAUAACCCUAGGACUGGGUGGUGUACUGAUUGUGCUAGCAUCGGUCAUCUGCUCGGUCGGUAUUUUUGGUUACAUCGGACUACCAGCAACUCUCAUUAUCAUUGAGGUCAUUCCUUUCCUCGUCCUCGCUGUCGGUGUUGACAAUAUCUUCAUUCUCGUGCAAACUCAUCAACGUGAAGGUCGCCGUCCCGAUGAAUCCAUUGCCGAGCAUAUUGGACGUACAUUAGGUCAAGUGGGUCCAAGUAUGUUGCUAACAAGUGUCUCUGAAAGCUGUUGCUUUUUCCUUGGUGGUUUAUCUGACAUGCCUGCUGUAAAAGCUUUUGCUCUUUACGCUGGAAUGGCAUUGCUCAUUGAUUUCAUCCUUCAAAUUACGUGCUUCGUUAGUCUGCUCGCAUUGGAUACUCUCAGGCAUUCGCAAACUAGAAUGGAUAUUUUGUGCUGUAUACGAGGUUUGAAGAAGGACAAUGGUGAAGAAAUGAUUGAUGGUGUUUUGUAUAAAAUUUUCAAAUUUGCUUAUGUACCGAUGCUCAUGAAAAAGUGGGUACGUGCUGCUGUAAUGGUGAUAUUCUUUGGUUGGCUAUGCUCGAGCAUAGCUGUUGUACCGCACAUUGAAAUUGGUUUGGAUCAAGAACUGUCUAUGCCUGAGGAUAGUUUUGUACUAAAAUAUUUCAAAUACUUGAACAGUUAUUUAUCCAUCGGGCCACCAGUAUACUUCGUUGUGAAAAACGGUCUGAAUUACUCUGACCCAUCAGUGCAGAAUUUGAUUUGUAGUGGACAGUACUGCAAUUCAGAUUCUUUGACAACACAAAUUUUCGCUGCGUCAGAAUUAUCCAAUAGAACUUUUAUAGCUAAACCAGCAUCAUCUUGGAUAGACGAUUAUUUUGAUUGGGCGAGUUUAGCUCCUGCGUGUUGUAGAUAUAACGCAGAUAAUGGAUCAUUUUGUCCUCAUGAAGAUACUUCGUGUCCAACAUGCCAAAUCACCACAAAUAAAUAUCACCGUCCUAAUGAAACAGAUUUUGGAAAAUAUGUAUCAUUUUUCUUGCAAGAUAAUCCUGAUCCAUCUUGCGUCAAAGGAGGACAUGCAGCUUACGGUCAAGGUGUAAAUUAUCACUUAAACCCACGGAACCAUUUAUCAGAAGUUGAUGCAUCCUAUUUCAUGGCAUAUCAUACUAUUCUUAAAUCGUCGUAUGACUACUACGAGUCCAUGAGACAAGCGCGUGCUAUCUCAGCCAAUAUCACGCAGAUGAUCAACGCAAAUCUUAAAAAACUAAAAUACGAACAAGAGGUUGAGGUAUUUCCAUACAGCGUUUUUUACGUGUUUUACGAGCAGUACUUAACUAUGUGGCCCGACACACUACAAAGCAUUGGUAUUUCUUUACUUGCUAUUUUCCUUGUUACAUUCUUUCUCAUGGGUCUGGAUAUAUUUUCGUCAAUUGUCGUGAUCAUCACCAUCACAAUGAUUGUUGUUAAUAUCGGUGGCUUAAUGUACUGGUGGCACAUAACUCUUAAUGCUGUGUCACUCGUAAACCUUGUUAUGGCUGUUGGUAUAGCAGUUGAGUUCUGCAGUCAUUUGGUACAUUCUUUCUCCGUCUCUGUUCAGCCAACUAGAGUAGAAAGAGUAUCUGAUGCUUUAACAAACAUGGGCAGUUCAGUUUUUAGUGGUAUUACUUUAACCAAAUUUGGAGGAAUCAUAGUCCUUGGCUUUGCUAAAAGUCAAAUUUUCCAAGUAUUUUACUUUAGGAUGUAUCUAGGCAUUGUGCUUUUUGGUGCAGCUCAUGGUCUCAUAUUUUUACCCGUCCUUUUGAGCUACAUAGACGUGAUGUCGCAUGGUCGAAAAAUCCGAAUCGAAGAACAAGCAAGAAAAAAUCGACAACAAUAUGAGGAUCAGAAUCAACCAGCAGCAAUGCCUCGUGACGAAUAUACCAACAACGACAACGAUGACAUCGAUGACAACUACUCAUCACCCUUGCUACACACCGAUCCUGGCCAACACUCACGGCCAUCCACUUCCUACGCAAGUAUAAACCAAACUGAUGUCAUAUUCCAUGACACAACUUGAAAUUUAUCCCAGUUAUUUAAAGUUCAAGAAGGUUUUUACUGAUGUGAAAAAAUAUUUUUUGCUAUAUUGUAUUAAUGGUAUGUCAUGUAAAACCAUGUUAUCAGAAAGAUUAUGAAAAGGAUAAUUUGAUAUAUUAAUUGACAUUUAAAAAAAAAAACGAAAAAUUUCAUGUUAUUUCUUAUCAAACUAAAAGAGUAUUAGUAAAAAAAAUAACACUAACGUUUGCAUAGAUUGACAAACAAUCUUAUAUGUACAAAAAUAAAAAUAUUUCAACGACAAAGAGUUGAUGCCUGUGUCGUUGAUAGCUUAUGCAUUUUACUCUUAGGAAGUUUUGUCAGAAAAAUAUUUUGUAAACAAAGUAUCGUAUAAUGGGAAAAGAGUCUAAAUAAAAAAAUAUAUUUUCAAUUAACUUGGCAAAUAGCUUUAGCAAAUAGCUUAGUACUAUAAGUAAUAAACGUGUUUUGUUAAUUUUUUAUUCUAUUAUAAUUUUCGUAACUAUGCAUUUUUUGCUCGAAAUAUAAAAAAAGUAGUUCCAAAUAUUGUGUAUACAAAGCCAUUUGUGCGAACUAAAGUAUGUAUAUGCGUGUAUAUAUAUAUAUUAAUAUAUAAUUUAAGUCAUUAGUGUAUAAAUAAUAAAGAAAGGCUGGAUCCCUGCGUUGUUAGAGCGCGUUCUAAACAAAUUCAUAUUUUGCAUAUUGAAAUACAAAAUAAGAUGCGUUAGAUUUCAUAAGUACAUCUGUAUUUAAAGGUAUCUAAGCUAGUGUAAAAAUAAAACUUUCAAAUCCAGUUUUUAAGAUCACUAUAAAAUAUUUUUUCUAAAAUCUCUUUGACUACCUAACAAAUUACUAAAUAAAGGGUACCAUAAAGUCUUAAAAAAAUUAUACGCAGUAACUUAAAAAAACUCUGAUUAAUUUUAGAAAACAGGUUUAAUCAUUCUAAUUUUUACCCAGACUUUCAAAAACAUUUGGAAAUAAUUUUUGUCCAAAAAAUCAUCAAAAUUUAUGUUAAUUCAUAAGUGUAUAAAUAAAAAAAAUUUUGUGGUACAUAUGGAAUAACCUUAAUCUUACUUCAAGAAUAAUUUUAUAAAGACAAUAUUGAAGAAUGUAUUAAUACAUGAAAAAUUCAGGAUUUAUUGGGUAGUCGAUUAGAACUUGAUUUCUUUCAAAUUGUGAAUGGGUUCUUAAUUUAGAUGAUAAUAAAAGUACAUUUGAAGAUACAAUUGAAAAUUUUAAAUAAAUGUAUUAUUUCUGAUCAAUUUGCCUACCAAUCUCUUAUAAAUUGUAAUAAUACUGACAAAUUCACUCACCACCCCAGGUCAAAGAGAACUAUCUUAAAUUGAAUUAUUUUCUACUAGUAAUAUUUUGUAACAUGUUUUUAUGGUUCAAUAAUAGCCUCAAGAACACUUUAAUUUUGUGGCUUGUCUUUAUAAUUACAUAAAAACAUGUUUUAAUAAACUCCAAUUAUGAAAUGCCCGUUUUCUUAUUUUGUAAUUAUAGUAAUUAUGAUUGAGUGCUACAGCUCUCAUAGAUUUUAUAAUGCGCUUAUCAUCAAAGUUGUGUUGUAAAACAUAACUAUAAGUGCUAAUUUGAUUCUAUUUCUGCACCUUCAGGUUAACUGUGAAGCAUUGUUAUAAAUUUAAUUUUGAUGGCAUAUAUUCAAAUUUUUUCUUCUAUAUAAAUCAUUACUCAAAUAUGAGUACUUAAUAGAAAGCUAUAAUUUAAUUGCAUAGCCUAAAAAUAUGAAUUAUUUGAUUUCAUGAAUCUAUCAGAAGAAGAUAAUAUUUUAAAGAAAUGAUCAAAUAAUAAUAAUAAAAAAGCAUCUUUUUGUAAGAUUACAUUGUACAUACAUGAUUAUCACAAAAAUACGCCCUAAUUAGAGAUAUUUGCUAGAAAUGCAGUGAUUAUAUAUUUGAACUUUUCGAUACUGAGAAUAAGUAGUUUUUGGGACUAAAUAAAUAUAUCUGAUGUAAUACGUAAAA